AUGUCGGAAGACGAUAGAGCUGCUAAGGCAGCGAGAGCUAAAGCCAUGCUCAAGAAACGACAGCAAAAGAAAGUGCAUGGUGCAUCCAUUACACCAGAAGUUGCCUCUCCUUCUCCACCAUCUUCACGACCAUUUUCUCCUGCUAUUCCAGAACCUGCACCAGUUGAGGAUGAGAAACGAGACGUGGCUGACCUUUUCACGACAAAGGAAUCAAAUGACACGUCAUGGAUAUCUUCCUUGCCUCCUGCUGCGCCUCCACCAGCUUCAAGCCCAUCCAAUCUCAUUUCCUCUCCGCCGCUCAAGCCUAGUGCCUGGUGUCAGAAACGUGUCUUUACUCAUGGUCUUACAGAACUUCGGGAAACUGAAGCCAUAUUGGGUGAAGAGCGAGAGCGUUCGCAGCAGCUGUCCCAAGACCUGCAGCAACUACAGGCUGAACGGGAGGCAUUCAUGCGGAAUGAGCAACAGACCAUAUCCUUACUGGUCUCCGAGAAGGCAUCUCUGGCUUCGGAGCUGCAACGAUUAGAGGGUCUCGAGUCUGAGCUGCAGCUAUCCCAUGCUGCUUCUAGUAAUCUCCAGAAGGAGGUUGAUGACUACAAGCGCCGAUUGCGUGAACUGGAAGAGCAAAUACAAAGCGAUGACCGUGCCGAAAAGUUGGAGAUUACUCUGAAGAACACGCAAGACCGCAGUGAUGAACUCGAAUUCCAGCUCUCGAAGCUCAAACAGGCACAUGCCACACUAAAGGACGAUCGCGACCGGACUGAUGCUGAAUUGAAACAACAUCGUGAUGACGCAGAGGUGUGGAAGUCAAAGUACUCCACCCUAGAAGCCGAACACGAAGCCAUUCAAAAGCUCCUGGCAUCUAACGAAACGGAAAAGACUGCCCUGAACCACGAGACUGUCGCGCUACGCUCCGAAAUAGAUUCUACCCAAAGGGACAUUGCGCUUCUUCAGGAGAAACUUACUCAGGCGGCCGUGGAGCUCGCAUCUAGCAACCGUCAAUUACAGGCUGCCCAGAAUGAGCUGAAAAAUGCCAAACGUCGUGCAGAGGAAGCCGAACGAAUACAGACUGAUCUUCAAUCAGAAGGCACGAAUCUUAUGCAGUCACUCGCUGAAAUGCGGCCUAAGAUAGUGGAGCUUACGGGGGCAAAGCUCGAGUUGAGUGAUAAAGUGGAUAGCCUAGAGGCCACUUUACGAAGUCGUGACGCUACUAUCGCGCAACUCGAAGCUACUCUGGACGAGGGUCAAGACCAAAAAGAGCAAGCCGAGCUGAAAUGGAGCGAAGUUCUAGCCCGUCAUGAAAAGGAGCGUCUCUCAGAGCAAGAAGCGGCUAACAAGAUACAAAAAACCUUUACGGAGUUGCAGGAUGAGCUAGAGAGCGCAUUUGCCAGUAUACGGGCGCUCGAAGCGGAACGUUCCGGUUAUCACCACGAUACCACGCGCCAGCUGCAGGAGAUCGAACAUUUGAACCAGUCAACUGUCGCGCAAGCGCAAGAACUGGCGGCAUUACGGCAAGAGAUUGCGGAGCGCAAUAAUGUCCGGGAAGACGAAGAGGAGUUUAUAUCGCAGGCCCAGAGUGAAAUCGAGGACCUCCGACAGGCAAUUGAGACUAAAGACGAGGAGAUUGAGCGUCUCCUCGCUGCCGCGAAUUCCUCAUCAGGACCCGAGGGCCCUCGCUCGCUUGACGACGAGAUAGUUGGUGCUUUAGAGGAUCAGCUGGGCCUCCGUCCGCGGUCGUUCUCUCCGAUUCCGUCGAGACCAUCGAGUCGCGGGUCGGCUAUCGACCCUGCACCGAGCGUCUUUCAGCUCGCACCGAGGGGCUUAUCCCCCGAGACUAGACAUAAACGCAAAGUCAGUUUGAGCAUGCUCAAAGCACGAAUCGAGAGUGAGAGCGCAGCCGGGCUAUUUCACCCCGCUUCUCGUAAUCUGUCACCAGUCCCAUCGGAAUCUAGCCAUGGACGAGACUCUCAGCCCUCAUCACCUCCACCCAAUCAUCCACAUCACCAUCCCACACCCAGACCUCAGUUCCUUGAUGAUUCGCACGUUUUCUGGUGUCACUCGUGCCGUGGGGAUCUGGUAAUACUCUGA